GCUACCGAGGGAGGCGGCGGCCAUCUUGGCGGCGGCGGGGCGAUGAGCGGCUCGAAGGCGAGGGCGGCGGCGGCGGGCCCGGAGAAGAAGCCGCCGCCGGGGACCGGGGGGCCGCUCAGCCGCCUACGGGGCCGGCGCGGCUCGGGCGACGCGUCGCCGCGGCCGCCGUGGACCGAGUCCGAGUUGCUGGCGCUGGAGACCGUCCGGCCCGAGCACGUCCUGGGGCUGUGCCGGGUGACGGAGAAUUAUUUAUGCAAACCUGAGGACAACAUUUACAACAUUGACUUCACCAGGUUUAAGAUCCGGGACCUUGAAACUGGAACAGUGCUGUUUGAAAUCGCAAAGCCAUCUGUUUCAGAGCAAGAUGAAGAGGAUGAAGAUGACAACAGUGAACUGGACGCUAGCGCAGGCCGCUUUGUUCGUUACCAGUUCACCCCAGCGUUUCUCCGUCUUCGGACUGUUGGUGCAACAGUGGAAUUCACAGUGGGAGAAAAGCCAGUGUCAAACUUUAGAAUGAUUGAGAGACAUUACUUCCGAGAUCGCUUGCUGAAGAACUUUGACUUUGAUUUUGGCUUCUGCAUUCCCAGCAGCAGGAACACAUGUGAACACAUUUAUGAAUUCCCUCAGCUCUCAGAAGACCUUAUCCGUCUGAUGGUUGAAAAUCCAUAUGAGACCCGCUCAGACAGCUUUUACUUUGUGGACAACAAGUUGAUCAUGCACAACAAGGCCGACUAUGCUUAUAAUGGAGGACAGUAAUCAUUCUGUGUCCGCUGGAUGCUGUGAUGCUGUUAACCGUUCCAGAUGUCCAGGAGUGGACUGGAGUUGCUGUCUUGUGCAACAAGGCUUCUUGCUGAACCCUUUUUCCUUGCACGAGGCUGAAAACACGAAGCAAAGACGACAGCUCAUGAAAGUAAAGGAUCUCCCUGCAAUACUUCUCUAUCGGACACUCAACAUAUCCAGCCUCUCAUUCUUUAUUUCUGGUUACCUUCUGGUAGCUUGGUUAGGCCAUGGAUCAGAGGCACUGUUAGAAAAUUCUUGUUAUUACAGUCUUUAGAGUUAGGUUGCACCUUUAGUGCUUCUGAUGUUUCACCUACUGGGUGACUACCCUCUUUCAAGAGGUCAGAUUGUUUGGGUAAGCUGUUUCUUAGCAGGAAAAUGUUAGUCCUUCAAGAAGCCCGUGAUGCCUGAAGAGCAGAUCUCUUGUUCAGUUGGAUAGAUCAUCUCUUUAGUGCACAGCGGUUUUGUUUGUAGCAUGGCUGACAUUGCUUUUUAGGGUUCAUCCCAAUAGUCUCCAGUGGGAAAGAUAAAAUAAGAGACUAAUUCAGCUUCUAAGCAGUGCAGGAAUCUUCUUUCUGCCUCUGGGGGCCUGAGAUGCCCCUGAGAACAGUUUAAUCUGUGUCUUGCCAGAGAUUUCGCUGGAAAUAUGAGGGGGGGCGGGGGGAAGGGGCCUUACCCAGGUCAUUCUGAUAGUAUUUCUGUUUGAGCUCUUGUGAGCAAAUUGCUGCAUUUUGGAGCUCAGGGGUCAACCUUAGAGCUGAAGUUAAUCUCACUAUAUUUACCAUUUCUCCUGCUUCCUUUUGUGUAGGAAUUUUGGCUUUGCUACAGAAUGUAUUGCUUUUUAGAUCGACAGCAUAUUGUCAGUCUAGCUGGGGUGAAGGGGAGGUGUCAGUUGAGUGGGGCUUAGAGGGAAAAGGGGGAAUGUGGAAAAUCACUUGAAAAACGUGUAGGAAGCAGAGCUUCCUAGGCUUCAGUCUCUCUAUACUUCUAAACCUGCAUGGUCUGUCAGAGGUGCUGGAAGGAGAGAUGGUGGUGUUACCAGGUCAUUUGCUUUGUUUCAGUUGAGGUAUUAGUAGCUAAAAGCUUCCUGGGUCAGAUCACUCAGUGUUACAGAAUGGGAUUCUUACAGUGAGAAUAUGCGUGAUUCUCUUUUUAAUUGUUUGAGUUCCCAUCACUGCUCAGCCUAUCUAGCUGCUUGUUUAUGGUUUAGGAAGUUCUUCUGCCAAGGUAGUUAAUGUCAGACCAGAGGGUGUAUUUAUUUCACAGCUGCAUUUGGGAUCUGGUGAUAGGAAAUAACAUCAUGCAGUGGGAAGAGGAGACCCACGUCUUCUCAGCGGCCAUGCUGGGGCCCAGCUCCUGAUUGUGCAAAAUCUCAGCUAGCAAAACCAUUUUCUGUCUAUUUUGCUGGCUCUCAAGACUGGCAUUUUUCCUGUCCACUCGCUGGGCUGGUCAGUUAGGUCUCCUGUAUGUGGGAGUUGAGUUGUGUCUAGACUAGAGGCAUUUGCUAGUAUUAGUUACAUUUGUUCCUUGAGACAGUUGAAAUGUAACUCCUUGGUGGAUACAGUUGGUUACCUAUUGUGUUAAGUAAGAUUCAGGGUAGUUCGUGUUUUAGCAGGAUUAAGUGGGGUGGACAUUACAGCCUGGAGCCUGUUAAUGCAUAGACAGCAAUAGGAAACCACUGCCCUUACCUCACAGAUUAAUGGUAUUAAUUUUGGCAUAGAAGAUCAGCUGGCAUCAGGGUAAGCAGUGAGAUUAUGUGGGGUGGCAGCCAUGGAAGAAUCUCCAGCUCUUGGGAAGAUGUUUAAUUAUGAUUAACCACAACAAAUGACCUGUUCUGGGUGGAGCAUUAAUCAUGAGCAACCACAACAAAUGUCUUGGGAAUGUGGAGGGGCAAGGUCUGCAUGGUUGAAAGAUGAACAGUCCUGCUACCAUCAGUCCCCUCCAGCAUCUCCAAAGGCACUUAGGCAAUCUCAUUUAGUUCUUUCAGAAUUAGUUAGAGCUGCUUGUGAAGCGGAGCUUGAGAUGCCUCUUGUGGUGAUUGUCUUCAGAAGGCCUCGUGUCCUGCCACUGAGGUGGGAAACGUUUGUUUUGCUGGACGUUACUUGUGACAAGGCAGAACUGCUCAGAAGUGUAUUUUUCUCCUUAAGUGUUCUGAGAUGCUCAGGAUAGUACCUGAGGAGCCUGCUAGUUACUCCCUGGGAAAUUUUAGCAUAUUGAGCUGAAUUUGUGUGUAGUGUAAAUCCAGGUGCCUUUAAAUGUUACUUUUAUCACAUUUUCUGUAUGAAGCAACCUCCUGCUUUUCUUACAAGUGUGAUGAUUCCCAUCUGCUUUCUAUGUCACUGCAUAAAGAUUCUUAAAAGGAAAAUGGACUGUUGCCAGAGCAAGCAGCAGAAGUUACUGUACAGGCAAAUACCAACUUGUGCAAGCCACUUGUAGUAGUUGGCGUGCAGCUCUGCACGCUUGGGGUGUUUGUAGGGGUGUGGGUGCCAUCUAGCAGCUGCUUUGCAGAACGCGACUGAUGGCAGGAAAGCACACUGCCAAAUGUAAAUGAGGUAUUUGAUGCUUAUAGGAAAGUAGAUUCCUGAUUUUAGUCAUUACUUCUGCCGGUAGUGAUGAGAAAAAAGCAUUGAAGCAGUUGCUUUCGCAUUGGUGUAUGUAUCAGCUAUUCAGCAAGAAGAGAAGAAAAAACUGGGGGAAGAUCAGAAGACUUGCAGGUAGUGGUAGCACCCUUCAGUUCCUAGCUGAAUGUUUGCUUUGCCAAAUUAGAAGGUCUUUGCCCAAAAAACCAUGCUGCAGAAAAAAAGUCCCUACAAGAGGGCAACCCAGCACUGAAAAAGUUGAUUGUAAUCCAAAAAGUCAGGGAUCUCCAAACUCCUGUCCCCACUUUUGCCACUUCCCUAAGAUUCCUUUUCUCUUAGAUGCUUUCUAUAAAGUGUCUUCUCUUUGUGACAGGGAUGAUGUCUUUGGUAAACGUGUUUUAACAGAGCAUCUUCCUUCUGGAUUGUGUGCUCCAGUGCUUUAAUGAUGGGUCAAAGCAGCUCAUGACAGUGAGCUAGGAAGAAAUUCCACUGGGAUCGCACCCUUAUCAGGUGGAUGGUCUGUCCUAGCCAGGUGCUGGAAGCAAGGGAGAUGCUUUCAGUGUCAGCUGAGGUUUGAGCAAGGGAAAAGGUAUCUGUGCAGACAGCUGCUCUCAGGUUGUUGGCCGAGUUGGAAGGAAAAAAAGAGUUGGGAUCAUACUGUGUUCUGCUCUAACAAAAAAAGGGACCAAACCCACAGACUCAUGCUAAAUCUUUCCAGUAUUUGUCCUCUUAGUACCAGGACCUCUUUUUCUACAUCUUUUUUGAGGCAAGUGCUUUGGAUCCAUGCAAGCAAGCUUCCUGGACAGCUGUUUUCACAACUGACUGAGGAAUACGUAUUGCACCUUGUGAAGGAUGGUUGUCUCUCAUUGUAUGGACUCGGUACUGCUGUCCUUGUCCUCCGUUUUUGGUAGGAAGUGUCUUCCUUUGUGUGUUUUCCUUAAAUUUUCGAUGUCUCUUGCUGCAGAGAAGCAGCAGCCUUCUCUCUGGUGCUUGAGGAUGUUUACUCCACUUCUCCGAGGGUUCAGGAAGAACAUUCAGAAGUCAGAAAUGAAUGAAGAAGGUGGUGGUGGUGGUGAAGCAGUGAGGUCCAAACGUGGUUAUUACUUCUCGGCUCUGUUUCAUUACGUCUUCUUCAGCUGUUUCCCAGUGUUUGUCUUCUGCCCUGCUCUCUUGUCACACCGAGCUACUGAGCUACUGGUGCUGCCCCGGAGCGCGGCCGGCGCCAGGUGUAGUCCUGGGACCCCAGCGCUGCUGUCUCCCUGGGACUCAGUGAGGAGGCCGGGGCUCGGGGACAGCUGCCUGGUGGAGUCAUCGCCUCUUCCCCUGCAGCAAAGGACUAAACGCACACCAGCAAUCUCCGUGAACCGGGAUCUCCGUGCCCUUACAGGACGCGUAUUUGUCUCUCACAGCGUGGCCUUUGGGCUGGCCGCCUCGGGCGUGCUGUCCCCUGCGGGCACCCCGUGGGUGCCGUGCUCCCCCCGCGGGCGGCGGCGCGGUGCCCGGAUGUCGCGGUGUCUGUACGGACGUUCCUUUGUCACCAGCAAUAGCAAUAAACCCACCUCCCGUUUUCGCA